AUGCUCAAGCAGGUUAACAGUGCUUUGUGCAGAUCGUGCUACUACCUUAAGCGGGGUUCUUUGAACAACAUGAAGAUGAGUGAGCUCAUCACCAACUUGAGCGAAAACGAGAGUUUCCGGGACAAGUACGAUCGAAUGCGAAAGGCCCAGGUUCAGUUCACCUGUGAAAAUCCAAGCCGACGUUACCGCCAUGAAAAGCCAGACCUCAAGACGUUGCUCGAAAAGAAGGAUGAAAGCUACGUGGACGUGUCUUCUGUAAUGACCUGGAUGUCCUUGAAGAAAUUCUGUGACACAAAUUACCCGGACACCAAGUUCAAAAACGACAGCCAGCGCAAAGCCUUCGUUGUGAAAAAAGGCUUGACCAUCCAGAAGGAUGAAGAUGGACGAGAUGGUAUUGCUGUGGCUGCUGAAGGUGACACUGACACCAAGCAAAUCCGUGUUGGCAAGAGGCUGUCAGCAAGCAAGAUCAAACGCCUCCAGUACGAAGAGGAUGCUGACAAGAAUGAGAUCCAAGCACAGAAUCUGAAGAACGCCUCCAAUCUCAAGGAGGAUGUUGCUGCUGCGGUGGGUGAGGAUGGCGCCAGUGAACAUGAGGAAGACCCUGAUCAUGCCCCUGAGGAUGACAGCGACGCCUCCAGUCAUUUUGGCUUGGACACAGCCCCGGACAAACCGGCUGCGAAAUCGAAGCCAAAGGCAGUUCCCAAGACGAAGGUUAGUACAAAGCCGCAACCUCAGAACUUGGACAAGUCCCAUGAGAAGCACCGGGCAGCUCUGGCAGAGGCCACCAAAUUGUUGGGCACCUUGGCCCCUGUGAAUGCAUCUUCCAUUUGGAAAGGGGCCUUCAAGGACACAGACAUCAUGGCACGAUUGAAAAAAGUGUCGCAGUCUGCUUCGGCAUUGUCCCAACAGGCCUCUGCGAUGGAGGCAGGCGAGUUGAAGAACGAAUGUGAGGGUCUUGCUGGCCGCAUGGAGAAGAAGGUGGAUGAAUUGUCUACUCUUCUUGACACCCUCUCCCAAUUCCGUUCUGCAGCUGCCAAGCAGAAGGUUCUCAAUCUAGUGCAGGAUGAUCAGUUGUGUGGCAAGCUGGCGAAUGCCUGCCGUCUGAUGGAUGGUGAGUGCUUGUCAACGUUUUUGCUCCAUGUGGGGCGCAAGCUGCUAGAGGACAGCAGUGAUGGCCUCUUCAAGUUCCUUUCUGUGAACCCAGACUUUUUCCAGGGCACCAUCUUCAACCUUGGAAUGCUCUAUGGUUGCGAUGGGAACUCCGUCGUUGACAAGCUUCUUCUCAGAACUCAGUGCACCCUGGUUCAUGAGUUCAUCGAUGGUUUCAAGGCAAUGCCUUUGCCCAAGAUGCAGAAGAAGGCCCAGCACUACUUGACGAUUCUGAAUUGGGCGAACAAUGUCGAUAUAUUGAGGGCUGGAAUCGCUGAUGGUGACCUAUCUUUGGAAUCCAAGACGAAGAAGGAUGACAACGACACUGGCUUUUCAAUGCAGGCCCUCGUUGACCUGCAGAAUCUCAUUUGCUGCUUUCAGAUCUUGCACGCGGAAAACCAGGGCGUCAAACUUACCAACAGUCAGCGGAUCCACUUCAAAGAGGCGACGGCGUGCUUUGACUACAGUUCGCGGGUCUCUUUGGCGCUGAGACAAAGCCAGGUCAUGGCGGAAGGCAAGAGUGCUCUUGACAAAGGUCGCAUGCUUCAGAGUGCCAAGGAUCAGGUUUCUUCCGUGAAACAGCUACUCGAUCUCAUGAAAAAGUACGCCUCUGAGGGAAAGGAUUGGUCUGAGAUUACAGUUCCUGAUGAUCUUGCAAAGGCAUCUGAGCCUAGUCUUCUGGCCUUCGACACUGAGAUUGAAGACAUGGCCUCGUCAAUGGAGACGACAGACCCCAGCCACCAAGAGGCCGCUCAAGUGAGCUCAGACCUCAAAGCCACCUUUGAGGCUCUACGCACAAUCCUUGGCCCAGCUAUGCAAAGUGAUCUUGGCAAGAUUGACAAGUGGCUUGACAGUCUUUGGGCGGAGGAAGAUGCCGAAGCCGGUGCAAACAAGCGGCUGGUUCCAGCAAACGUCCAGGACCCCGAAUGGAAGAAACAGUUGAUCCUUCACGGUCAAUUGACCAAGCUCUUUGGUGGACCAAUUGCAGAGUCCGCGUCAGCCUUGGCAAACUUUUGCUUGUCCAUUGUGGAUUUCCAAGCAGAGGGCACUUCCUGCAAAGACAAGGAAGACUACGAGCUUCAUUUGCUGAAGCUUGGCUGCGCAUUGCAUGCAAAGUUGGCCCCGCUACCAGAAGUAGUCGGAUAUCACAAGGUGUACUUCCAGUUCAUCAGCUCUGUUUGUGGCUCCUGCAAAGCUGCGUGUCAACGGCUGUCUGAGUGCUUGAAUGCCCAGGGCAUCAAGUGGAUCCAUUCUCAGAUGCAGUCUGGCAUGGAUAUGAAAGCCGCUGCGAGCAAAAUGCAGGAAACCGUUGAUGUGGGCUUGACUCCCUAUUUGAGUAGUUGCCUGGCAACUUGCAGCGUCAACAUCCAGGACUUGGAAACGGUCGAUCUGGGCAACAGGCUUGGGGAUUUGGCCACUGUCAUGCCCCAGUACAUCCUGAUCAACUCUCUCAACAGAGAGCUCAUGAAAGAAAUCUCUGAAGCAAGGCUCACCGCUUGUGAUGCUUUUGUCACCAAAGUGGAACGCAACUUGGAAGAACAUAUUGACUCGGUCAAGAUCACACUGACUCAGCUCACCAAGCUUGAAGACAAGUACAAGUGUGUCAAGACGUGCGCCAAGAGUUGGUCUAUGACGGAUGUCUUGUGGAUCUUCCAAGACAGUGCUGACGUCGAUGCUGACCUGAAGAUGAUUCUCGAACACCGAUCCGAAGUGGCCGAGAUUGCAAAGGCUUCCGAGAAGAUUGUGGGAAUCUUCUGCAAGUCUGAGGCGUUCGAGAAGCUGGCCCACGACCUGAAAACCCUUGUGUGCAAAGCGAAGGCCCGUGUCCUUUUUUCUCCUGUGAAACUCAUAUGGCCGAACGUUGGAGGGUGGACGAAGGAGCAGGUUGAGUUCUAUUCUAUUCUGUUGUGCGUUCAGUGUUCAAACAGACCUUUGUUGACUGUUCCUGCUUUCAUUGCUCAGAUUCAGAUGUCCGAACAUUGUACAGAGUCAAGAGCAUCAUUGAUCACACUGUAUCACACUGCACAGUUCAACUCACAUCAAAGCAUUUCAAUACAUACCCUUCCUUGUGCAAUGACAUGUUGCACAGCAUUUCAAAGACUUGAGGCUCCAAAGAAACACUGUGUUGGAAUGAAAGCAGACCUGCGACAUGCAAAUCAUGUUCAGGAAGUCCGGGAGAGUGUGACGCAGACGGUUGCGGUGAUGGUCGUAGCGGAUGUCUUUUUGAAUCCCAAAUAUACAGGAAAAGCGAAGGAGGUCAUGCCCCAGACGCUCCAGUACAUUGGGACCAAGCUUGGCAUGACUAAGCAUGACUUGGCUGCCCUCUCGCCCAAGCUGGUCAGCCAGAUCGAUGAAGCCUUGGGUGGAAGUGAGACCAGCAGUCGGAGGAAGACAAGGACAUCCCAGAAAUCCACUGAUGGUGGUGCUGACGCUCCUACUGUUGAUCCGCCUGAUCACGCACCAGAAACUGGACCUGAUGCUGAGGAGAUGGUUGCCAAGAAGCGAAAGAAGACAGUGGCACCUGCGCCUAAGGCAUCUUCACAGCGGUCCAGAAAGCGCAAGGACGUAGACUAG